AUGGCUGCACGUGGAUGGGAGCGUGACGAAGACUUGGCCCGGCGGGAGGACGCUGCGCCUGCCACCAGGGCAGCGAAUGCAGCAGCAGGUAGCCAAGACGUGGGCGAUGACUUGGGUACAGCGGCGGCUGCCAGUGUACCCGCGAAGCGGCGGCGCAACCUAUUGCGCGAGUCGCACUUGGUGUCGGCCGAAGGUCUCAAGAAGGUGCACCGAACGUUUCCCUACCAAGUGAGCGCCGACGUGUCGGGCCGCGAGGCGCAGGCGCUGGCGUCGCUCGUCAAGAUGUACAAGCAGUGGGCCUUCGACCUGUACCCGGGUCUGAACUUCGAGGACUUCGUGGAGAGGGCGGAGGCGCUGGGCAAGAGCCACCAGGUGCAGGGGCUCAUGGCCGACCUGAGGGAGAAGGAGAAACUCAAGGCCAUGAAGAAGCGGCCAAGAGAAGAGGAAGAAGAAGAGAAUGAUAAGGACAAGAGCAGCGACAGUGAAGGAGAAGAAGCCAUGCUUUAA